AUGCUUCCACUUCUGUUCAUGGCGAUCUUUCUCGCUGCUGGCAUCACGGCCAACCAAGCCGCCGGAAAGUUCCAAGUCCUCUUCUUUUACCAGCUCUACAGGCUCGAAGUCGAUGCCCACGGCCUCGCGAACUCGCGCAUGGCGCCCGGCUGCGCCAAGGCCGGUGUUGUCUGCGAUAUGGAGGCCUUCAUCAAGGAAGUCUGCAAGUUCAUAAUCAAACCGGAGCGCGACAGGGACGGAAAAAUCAUCAGGGAUCCCAGCGGCAGACCGAACCUCAUCAAGGAUCCCGAUUUUGACAAGAUCGGUUGGGCGCACAUCGGCGAGGGUGCGGACCUCAACGUCUUCAGCACUGAGUUUGACAAGUCUGGCUUCAAGGGGCUCAUGGACAAUGCAAAGAUCUUCAAGGGUUGGGAUCAGAAGGACAAUUUUGAAAACGUCAUGAGAGAGGCGCAGGAUAUCGGCACAAAGGCCAUUGCCAAGCUCAAGGCCGACGGCAGGGAGCCUGCCGAUGACCGUUUCAACAAGAUGACCGCUGCGCUCAAGACCCAUGCCGACGCCCGGCGCUACGACCAGGCACAGAAGAUCAUCGAUAAGUUUGUAAAGGAAAUGAAGAUAAAGGGGUUCAGUGUCGCGUACACUGAUCCCAUAGAGAGACCACCAGUGCCGGGUUACAAGAAGAUUGACGCGGACCAGACCAUCAGCGAUAACAAGGCCAAAGCAGGUUUUGACAAGGUGGAGCAGUGGGUGAGAGACUAUGUCACCCAGUUUAAUAGCGCGGGCCUUUCAGCGAGUCAUGUUGAGGCUAUUACUCAGGCGCAGGGUAUGCACGAUCAUCUCGCCGAGGCGUGUAAAAAAGCAUGA